AUGCAGAAUGAUGUCAUUGUACCGAUUCCAUUACCUGCGGAGACGUCAAAACCCGCGGAUCCGCGGCCGCUGUGGGGCGUCUCAAAUCGACGGCGUUGCGGCCGACGCCGGCGGAACAAUCCCAAGCGCAGGGCGCCCCGUCCAAAUAUAAACGCGCCAGUGGGCCGGCGGGUGGACCCCCGCGCCAUCUAUUUCGGGAGCGCCCUCAGGUUCGACGCACCCGGGACCCCACCGUGUCGCCGCUCUUUUUUACCCGUCUCCGCACCAACUGGGGCCCCUUUGCGCGGCGUGCACGCCAAAUGCUCCGAAUGCGGCCUCCUCGUUUUCUGUCUGCCGCCGGCGGGGGGACAGAUCCGUCGGAUACUAGCGCCUGCCCGCGGCCUCGCCCGCGUGGGCCCUCGAGAAGCGAAACCGGCGACUUGUAUAGGACGACAAGUAUCCUGUAUGCCAGUCCGAAUUGUGAACUAUCUCCGUUUCAACUUACAUUCGAAACAG